AUGUCGGAGUUAUCGUUCAAAGGCCACACCGUCGUCGUCACGGGCGCAGGAGGCGGCUUGGGCAAAGCCUACUCAUUACUGUUUGCUUCCCGGGGGGCGAACGUGGUGGUGAACGAUGUCAGCCAGGCUGCAGCGCAGAAGGUGGUUGAUCAGAUUACUCAGGCCGGAGGACGCGCAGUGGCGAACACGUCCUCGGUAGCGGAUGGUGCCGCCGUUAUACAAACAGCUCUUGAUGCUUUCGGAGGGGUGACCAUAUUGAUCAAUAAUGCCGGUAUCCUGAGAGACAAAGGUUUCAAGAACAUGACAGAUCAGGAGUGGGAUCAGAUUCAGUUAGUACACCUCAAGGGAGCGUUCUCAUGCACGAAGGCUGCGUGGCCCCAUUUCCGAAAGCAGAAGUUCGGACGGAUCGUCAACACCUCCAGCGCUGCCGGAUUGUACGGGAACUUUGGCCAAGCAAACUACAGCGCGGCUAAGAUGGGACUGGUCGCGUUCACCAAGACCCUAGCCCGGGAGGGUGCCAAAUACAACAUUAAGGCGACUGCCAUCGCCCCGAUGGCAGCUUCCGCUAUGACGGAAACUAUUAUGCCCCCGGAGUUGCUUGCAAACCUUAAGCCUGAAUUUGUAGCUCCUUUCGUUGCUGCUGUCACGCAUCCGGAUGGACCGGACGCCUCUGGCAAGGUAUACGAGGUCGGUGCUGGAUUCGUCGCAGAAAUCCGAUGGGAACGUAGCAGGGGUGCCAUCUUCAAGACAGAUGCUUCCUUUACACCAUCUGCUGUUAAGGCUAAAUGGUCGGAGGUCACCGACUUCGAGAAUCCCACAUACCCUACCGGAAUGUCGGAUUUCGACGCAAAGGGCACGCUCGAGAAGGCGUCGCAGCUGCCUCCUAAUCCGCAGGCGAAGCCUGAAGUCCGAUUCGAUGGUAAGACCGUCAUAAUCACCGGAGCAGGUGCCGGUCUUGGGCGCGCAUACGCUUUAAUGUAUGGGCGUCUCGGUGCCAAUGUGGUUGUCAAUGAUGUCAGCGAGAAAGGCGCCAAGGCAGUGGUGGAGGAAAUCACCAAAGCCGGUGGAAAGGCGGUUCCUGCGAUCGGUUCUGCGGAAGAUGGCGACAGCCUUGUCAAGAUUGCGCUAGAGAAGUUCGGGGGAGUCCAUGUUCUUAUUGCUAAUGCCGGGAUACUGCGAGACAAGUCAUUCACGGCGAUGUCCGAGCAAGAGUGGGAUGCAGUCAUUGCUGUUCACUUACGGUAUUGCUGCAAAGCCGUUUGGCCCAUCUUCCAAAAGCAAAAGUACGGGCGCAUCGUUACCACAUGCUCACAAGUCGGGAUCUACGGAAACUUCGGCCAGGCUAACUACUCCACGGCCAAGGCUGGUAUCCUCGGCUUGACCAGAACCCUUGCCAUCGAAGGCCAGAAAUAUAACAUCAUAGCGAACAGUAUUGCUCCUUCAGCAGGUACAGCGAUGACGGCGACCAUAUGGCCUCAGGAGUGGCUUGAUGCGUUCAAGCCAGACUAUAUUGCACCCGUAGUUGGAUACCUGUCGAGUGAAGCCAAUGAGGAGACAACCGGAUCCCUGUUCGAGAUCAUGGGUGGUUGGGCAGCACAGACCAGGUGGCAACGGGCUGGAGGGCACGGGUUCCCUGUCAACAAGACUCUUACACCCGAAGCUAUCCUCUCGAAAUGGAGUAUCAUCAGCAAUUUCGAUGACGGCCGUGCGACAAAUCCGUCAUCUACUGCCGAGGCUAGUCAGCAGCUCCUGGAGAACUUCCAAAAUACGGCUUCAGACGAGUCAAGUUCUGACUCGUACGCUGACCCUGAGGAUUCUCCUUUGGUUGCGGAGGCGAAGAAGAAUGUGCCGGAACCUGUGGAGUACAGCUAUACCGAGCGGGAUGUUAUCUUAUACAACUUGGGUAUAGGCGCCACUGAGAAAGAGCUCCAAUGGACAUACGAAGGCCAUGAUCAGUUCGCGGCACUGCCGACGUUUGGUGUGAUUCCACAAUUCCAGGCCAGUGGCGGCAUACCGCUGGAUUUCCUUCCGAACUUUAACCCGGCCAAGUUACUACAUGGGGAACAAUACCUCGCCAUUAAAGCCCCCAUCCCUACCAGCGGUGAACUUGUCAACGAGGCCAGGAUUUUGGAGGUACUGGAUAAGGGAAAAGCUGCAGCUGUCACGUCCGUGGUCCAGACGAAAGACAAAUCGUCGGGCAAGGUGAUCUUCGAAAACCAGUCUACCGUCUUUAUUCGCGGCUCUGGUGGGUUCGGAGGCAAGCGAACUGGCAAGGAUCGCGGUCCGGCUACCGCAGCCAACACUCCGCCAAAGCGGGCACCAGACGCUGUGAUGGAGGAGAAGACCCUUCCUACGCAAGCCGCGCUAUACAGACUGAGUGGCGAUUACAACCCCUUACACAUCUUACCCGAGUUUGCGGCUGUAGGAGGAUUCGACAAGCCGAUUCUUCAUGGCCUGUGCUUCAUGGGAUUCUCCGGUAAGCAUGUCUUGAAGUGCUUUGGAGACUACAAGGAUAUCAAAGUCCGGUUCGCCGGCGUGGUCUACCCUGGUGAGACCCUGGUGACGGAGAUGUGGAAGGAGGGCGACAAAGUCCUCUUCGUGACCAAAGUAAAAGAGAGGGGCACUACGGUGCUUGCCAACGCUGCGGUCACCCUCGUCGACCCCGGCAAACCCCUCAAGGCGAAGCUCUGA